AUGCCAACCUCACGGCGAAAAGAGUCAGCGGCCUCGUCGUCCUCUUCGACGUUGACGCGCCGAUGGAGCAAAGGCCGCAACGACUGCGGUCAGGUCGAUGCCGGCGCCCUCGGCCUCGCUGGCGCCCCUGGGCUGCCUCUGCCGCCGCCGGGCCUGGAAAGGCCCUGGGACUUCGAAGGCUACUUCGGGCCCCCACCAGGGCUGAGCUUAGGCUUCGUUCCGGAGCUCAGCGACUUUGAGGAAAGGCCGCAGGGCGACUUCGACGACCAGCGAGGCUCGCAGCCUGGGCUUCCGGACCUUUGGACGGUCCUCCGGCGGGAGGGCUUCCUUGAGGCCCAAAGUCUUCUGCGCCUCCGACGAUCUAUCGACGAAAUUUACUUGCUUUGCGAGUUUGAGAGUGACGAGACUUUGUCGGAAGGCGUGCAAAAGAUCCUGCUCUCAGCAGCAGAGGACUUCGGCUCGUUGCGGAAGCAGCUGCAGAGUCAGCAAGCUUACACGUCUCAGGGCGAGUUCCCCUCCAAAGCCGGAGUUGCAUGGACAACACGGAACUGCCGGGGCGGUGAGUCCAUGGCAGAGCACUUUGAAAAGGUUAAACUGCACUUUGCCUUGCCUGAGCCUGGCAGGCCGCUCCAGCCCACCUUCUUUGCUCGCAGCCUCAGCCGAUCAGCCUCGAUUCUCAACCUCUCUCGCGAAAAGACGCAGACGCAGGCCAUGAAAUACCUGCUCGCGGUCGUGGUGGCCCUGAUCUCUCAAGCCCACGGGACGUUCUUGAAAGCAGCGGGGAAAGCAGCGAAUUGCGGUCUCUGCGCCAACAAGGACCUGAAUGAUGUGGGAGAGUUCAAGCGUUGCAACUAUUGGGGUGAUCCGCACUACACGGCAACUUGGGGCCCUCGCAACCGCUUCGACUAUCAAGGCCCGGGCCUUCAUAGCGUGGUGGACAACACUGACUGUGGGGGCUUCAAAGCGCAAGCGUUUCAUUGCCAGUACAAGUCAUCGCGAAACACGGUGACCAUUGGCCUCGCCUUCAGUUGGACUGAAGAAGCAUCGGGUACGACGGUCAGGGUCUUCAUGGACAGUACCGGCAUCUACGUGCAGCAGAACGGCAUCGACGUGGCCCCAGGUACCGCGGUCUCCUACGUGUCCGUGCCGCCCGGCCCUGUGACCUCGGCCCAGUGGAAGACUGGCGUCAGUGUCCAGACAGGUAAUGAAUGCAAUUAUGCGCUCGUCACUUUGAAGACCAUCAGUGGGAAGCCUGGAUACAUCAUGAGUGUCAACCUUCGGGCACACGAUGAGGUCGAUGCGGCUCAAGGAAUCUGUGGCACGGAUGAUUUGGGAAGUACCUACAUCGGCGAGUCCGGGCCGAGUUUGGCUCUUCAGGUGUUUAAGACAAUUCGGGGUAUUUUUGGAGUUUGGUUCUGUCAGAGGGAGCAAGGUGGUAAUCCAGAAAGCAGAAGCCCCAGGACGCCCUGCCAUGAGCAUACAGUGAACGUCCAAGUGAGAUUUUGUUGUUCAUAA